AUGACUGCGGACGUUCAAAGUAAAACGAAGAUGCCGCAUCUCUCGUCCGAUAAACAACUUACUUUUAUAAAACUGGCUGUUUUAUCAAUGGCAGCAAUUUUAUCGUUUGGAACACGUCUUUUCUCUGUUUUACGCUUCGAAAGCGUGAUACAUGAGUUCGACCCGUACUUUAACUACAGAACAACACGUUAUCUGACAGAAGAAGGGUUCUAUAAGUUCCACAAUUGGUUUGAUGAUAGAGCAUGGUACCCUCUAGGACGUAUUAUUGGUGGUACAAUAUACCCUGGGCUGAUGGUGACAUCGGCUACAUUAUACAACAUCAUGCAGUUCCUCAACAUUACUAUAGACAUCAGGAAUGUAUGUGUGUUCCUGGCUCCGUUCUUCUCAUCACUCACAACUAUUGUCACCUACCUGCUGACUAAGGAGUUGAAGGAUGAAGGUGCAGGGUUGGUUGCUGCGGCAAUGAUUGCCAUAGUCCCCGGCUACAUAAGUCGUUCAGUCGCAGGCAGUUAUGAUAACGAGGGUAUUGCCAUCUUCUGUAUGCUCCUAACAUAUUAUUUCUGGAUCAAAGCCGUCAACACUGGCACUAUUUUGUGGGCCACUAUGACUGCAUUGGCAUACUUUUAUAUGGUGUCAUCAUGGGGUGGAUAUGUGUUCCUAAUCAACUUGAUCCCUCUUCAUGUCCUGGCUCUGAUUUUACUUGGCCGUUUUUCUCACCGUGUGUAUGUAGCCUACAGCACUCUAUACUGUGUAGGAACGGUACUUUCAAUGCAGAUCAGCUUUGUUGGCUUCCAGCCGGUACAGAGCUCGGAGCAUAUGCUUGCGUUAGGCACAUUCGGUCUAUGCCAACUGUACUUGUUCACUCAGUAUCUUCGAGCUCGUCUGUCUCCAUCAAACUUUGAGCUGUUGUUCAAGGCUCUACUGACUACUCUACUAGCUACACUCGGAACGGCACUCGUAGUACUAACUGUCACCGGCAAAAUAUCACCAUGGACCGGCAGAUUCUAUUCUCUACUGGACCCGUCGUACGCUAAGAACCAUAUUCCUAUCAUUGCGUCUGUGUCCGAGCAUCAGCCCACAUCAUGGUCGUCGUUCUACUUCGAUCUGCAAGUGCUUGUGUUCUUGUUCCCCGCCGGCCUCUACUUCUGCUUCACCAAACUCACGGACGCCAACAUCUUCAUCAUACUAUACGGAGUACUCAGCAUAUACUUUGCGGGUGUGAUGGUCCGAUUAAUGUUGGUGCUUGCUCCCGUCAUGUGUAUCGUGUCAGGAGUGGCCGCCUCCAGUCUGCUGAGUCUACACGUAAAGGACAUCGAACCUAAAGCUGAAAAACCUGACAAGAAGAAGAAACAUGAAAAUAAUCUGGUGUUCAGGUCUGAGGUGGGGGCUCUGUUCGUGAUGGUGCUCUGUGGCUUGCUGGUGUCGUACGUGUUCCACUGCACGUGGGUAACUUCAGAGGCGUACUCAUCUCCCUCCAUAGUGUUGUCUGCGCGGGCUCACGACGGCGCCAGGAUCAUAUUCGACGACUUCAGGGAGGCUUACACCUGGCUCAAGAUGAACACUCCAGAGGACGCGAAAGUGAUGUCAUGGUGGGACUACGGGUAUCAGAUAACAGCGAUGGCGAACAGAACGGUGAUAGUGGACAACAACACGUGGAACAACACUCACAUCUCACGCGUGGGCCAGGCCAUGGCGUCCAGUGAGGAGCACGCCUACGAGAUCAUGAGGGAGCUGGACGUGGACUACGUGCUCGUUAUAUUUGGAGGACUCGUGGGAUACUCCUCUGACGACAUCAACAAGUUCCUGUGGAUGGUCCGUAUCGGCGGCAGUACAGACCGCGGCGCGCACAUCAAGGAGGCCGACUAUUACACCGGCGCGGGCGAGUUCCGCGUCGACGCCCACGGAGCGCCCGCGCUGCUCAACUGUCUCAUGUACAAGAUGAGCUACUACAAAUUCGGCUUGGUGUACACCGAGGGCGGCCGGCCUCCGGGAUACGACCGCGUGCGGGGCGCCGAGAUCGGCAACAAGGACUUCAAUCUGGACGUACUGGAAGAAGCGUACACCACCGAGCACUGGCUGGUCCGCGUCUACAAGGUCAAGCCUCUGCCCAACCGCGGCCUUUGA